AUGGUUGACACAUCAGGCGGGGAGUUACAUGUGAGAACGUUUUUUAGAGACAAAGAGCAUUUAAAGAUGGUUGUUGGCUUGUAUGUAAUGAAGAAAGGGUUUGACUACUACGUUAGGAAGUCCGGUACUGAUAUUUGGUACGUCACAUGUAAGGAUACAGAUUGUGGGUGGAGAUUAAGAGCGAAGAAGAAUGUACUUUCUAACAUGUUUGAGGUGAGUACAUUUCAUAAUGUACAUACAUGUUCCCUUGAUCUUCGAGGAAAAGAUAACCAUCAAGCAUCACCUUUGAUAGUUGCCCAUCUAAUUAAGGAUAAGUUUGCAACUGACAGCUCGAAUCAUUUGGCCUCUGAUAUAAGAAAAAGUAUGCACAAGGAUUACAGGAUCCAAAUGAGUUAUGAAAAGGCAUGGAGGUGCAGAGAGAAGGGACUACACCUAGCUCGGGGUACACCUAAAGAUUCGUACUCGAAAUUGCCUAGUUACUUGCACAUGCUACAGUUGAGAAAUCCAGGUACCAUCACGGAUUUUGUGGUAGAAGAUGGUCGCUUCAAGUAUUGUUUCUUCUCUCUGGGUCCUUGUAUUCGAGGGUUUAGGUUUUGUCAACCAGUUGUAUGCGUUGAUGGGUCUUUCUUGAAGAUUAGGCAUCAAAGCAUUGUUCGUGCUUUUGAGAUCGUGUUCCCUGAUGCACACCACGGUGCAUGCUACCACCACAUUAUUAUGAACGUCAACCACAAGUUCAAGACUGACGCCUUCACGAAUCACAUUUACACGUGUGCCUACACGUAUUCAAAAUCAGAGUUUCACAGAGAAUUUGAGAACAUUCGGGCAAUGAAUGUUACGGUUGCACAAUAUCUUGCGAAAAUUGGAUUUGAAAAAUGGGUUCGGUCGUACUUUCCAAGGGUACGCUAUAAUGUAAUGACGAGCAACUGGGCUGAGAGUUUCAACAACACAACUAAGGAUGCAAGAGGCUUCCUGAUCACUGCUGCUGUAGCAUUCCUUGUUGGGUUCUGUGCCCUAAUAAAACCCAUUUCAAUAUAA